AAGGUAAAGAAUAAAAUCGUGGCCAAGUCAAAUUUUAAUUUUAUUAUUAACCUUGGCUCAAAUUGGUUUUAAUUGCCGAGGAAUUGUGAUAUCAUAGAUCUCCAUUCGAUUUUUUUUAAAAUAAAUAAAUAUUAAAUUAAAAUCUCGUUAUUUUCUUCAUAAUUCUCAGUUUUAUUUUUUUUUUUUGAAUUUCAAUAUGUCAUUCUUAACGAAAGAACAACUUGACAAAUACGUAAAAGAUUUAGCAUCAAAGAAUCCAAAAACUACUUCUUUAAAGUCUCCAACUAGACCAUUAAGUGCAUCAGCAAUUAGUUCUUCAUCAAUAUCAACUGAUGAAAGAAAAGUUGGAGCUCUUCAUGGACCAAGAUCUCCUCCUACUUCUAAGAGAAGUAGUUUAACUGCUACUACUUCACCUAGAGCUUCAGUUUUUAGUAAUAAUAUUAUGGAAAAUAAUAAGAAUUCUUCAUUAAAUGAAAUUAAACCUGCUCCAAUUAUUGAAUCAACAAUAAAUGAUUCAAUUUCAGAUAAUUCUUCAACUAAAUCAACUGUUACUUCUAAUAUUAGUAAUGAUGAAAAAAGGUCAAAUUAUAAAAGUAUUGAUGAUAUAGUUAAUGAUCUUUCUUAUCCUAUGGAAACUAAAUUAUCAUUUAAACCUACUACUACCACCACCACCACCACUACCGCCACUAAUACUACCAACACUACUACUACUCCUUCUCCUCCUCAAUCUAAAGGUAAUAAUAAUAAUAUUCCAUCUGCAAAAGGAGCUGAUGAUCCAACAAAAGGAAGUUAUGUUUUGUCCGCUGCCUUUAAAUCAUCUUAUAGUGCUGCUUCCAGAACACCGAGCAUAAAGAAGCCAGUCAUUCAACCUUCACCGAAACAAGAACAAUUUGAAAUAGCUUCAAAUAAAAAACAACGUGAUUCAACAAUACAAGAAUUACAAAAUCGUUCCGAUAUAAAUUGGAAUGCUCGUUAUGAUGAAGCUCAACAAAAAUUUCCUCCUUUAAAUAAAUUUGAAAAAGAUAAAGAACUUCCUUCUCCUCCUUCUUCUUCUUCUUCCCCUCCUCCUCCUCCUUUACAAAAUAAAAACGCGGGAGAACCUUUAACAUCUUUACCAUCAAAUAAUAGACAAACAAUUCGGCCAACUUCUUCAUUACAUUGUGCUUCCUGUGGAAAGGCUAUAUCGGGUCAUGUAUUAUCUGCUAUGGGUAAAAAAUGGCAUCCUGAUCAUUUUGUUUGUAAAAAGUGUGGUAUCACUUUAGAACAUGUAGCAUUCUUUGAAAAGGAUGGUGUCCCUUAUUGUCACUUGGAUUUUCAUGAAUUAUUUAGUCCUAAAUGUGGAUACUGUGAAACACCUAUUGAAGGACAAGCUAUAAAUGCCCUUGGAAAAUCAUGGCACCCGGAGCAUUUCUUUUGUAGAGAAUGUGGUAAUCCUUUUGAGAAUGGUUUCAUGGUUCAUGAAGGUUUUCCAUAUUGUGAAAAAGAUUGGAUGAAAUUAUUUGCUCCUAAGUGUAAAGGAUGCAAUGAAGGUAUUAGAGGAGAAUUUAUGAGCGCUUUAGAAGGAAUGUGGCAUAGAGAGUGCUUUGUUUGCAUGACUUGUAAAGAACCUUUUUUUAGUUCAUAUUAUUACGUUUCUGAGGGAAAACCAUACUGUGAUAAACAUUAUAGAGAUCUAUUAUCCAUUAACUAAAUAUAUAUUGACAUUGAUUAUAUGUAGAAACAAUAUCUUAGUAUAAAAGUAUUAUUCUUAUAUUGGUUUAUUAUCAAAUUAUUUUAUUAAUAUAUAUCGAAAAA